AUGGGCUCUUCUUUACAAACCAGUUUGCUCAUGCUUGUUUUGCUAUCUUCUUACUGUUCUUUGGUCAUAUCCUCUUCUAAGUUUUCUCUCUCAUGUCAGUUACAGGGACAGUUUGAUCUAAAUGGGAUGUACAAGGCUGGUGAUGUGGUUCUAGGGGGACUGUUUCAAAUCCACUUCUUUUCAAGUGUUGCUAUUCAGUCUUUUACUUCAAAACCACAACAACCUACCUGCAAUGGUGUUUAUGCCCUAGGAUUUAAGCUCGCACAAACCAUGGCCUUUGCUAUUGAUGAGAUCAAUAGAAACUCAAACCUGCUACCUAAUGUGACUCUGGGGUACACUAUGUAUGAUAGCUGUCUUGAACUUGGAAUUGGAUUUCGUGCAGCAUUGUCAUUGGCCAGUGGUCAAGAAGAGAAAAUUAUAUUAAAUAGUACAUGUAUUGGAAAUCCUCCUGUCAUAGGGAUUGUGGGUGAUUCAUCUUCUACAAAUUCUAUUGCCAUCUCCAACGUCUUAGGUUUGUACAGAGUACCUAUGGUGAGUUAUUUUGCCACAUGUUCCUGCCUGAGUAACCAUCAGAAAUACCCAUCAUUCUUUAGGACGAUCCCAAGUGAUGCUUUCCAGGUACGUGCUAUGAUUCAGAUUCUGAAGCAUUUCAGUUGGACUUGGGUAGGUCUGCUUGUCAGUGACGAUGAUUAUGGACUUCACGCAGCAAGAUCGUUUCAAUCUGAGCUGAGUCUGUUAAGUGAAAGUUGCCUGGCCUACACUGAGGUUUUGCCCUGGGACAAAGACACAGAAGAACUCAGGAGGAUUGUUGAUGUGAUGAAAAAAUCCACAGCUCGAGUUGUUAUUGUCUUUGAACAUUACAGUCGCAUGAUACACCUUAUGGAAGAGGUAGUGAGGCAAAAUGUAACUGGCCUACAAUGGAUGGCCAGUGAAGCCUGGACAGCAGCUGUUGUGCUCCAAACACCUCAGCUUAUGCCAUACCUGCGUGGUACACUGGGUAUCGCUAUUCGUCGAGGCGAGAUACCAGGAUUCAGGGAAUUCCUGUUACAAAUACGUCCUGACUUACAUCACAAUAACAGCUACGGAAAUAGUAUGGUGAACCAGUUUUGGGAAUUCACAUUUCAGUGCAGAUUUGCACCAGCUCCAGCAGGCUGGCUGGAAGGUGGAGGUGCAAUAUGUACUGGACAGGAAGAUCUAGAAAAUGUGGAUAAUGAAUUCUUGGAUGUUUCCAACCUGCGACCUGAGUAUAAUGUGUACAAAGCUGUUUAUGCACUGGCAUAUUCCCUUGAUGACAUGCUGCGGUGCAAGCCAGGAGGAGGGCCAUUCAGUGGGAACAGCUGUGCCACUUUGCAGUCACUGGAGCCUUGGCAGCUGGUGUAUUACUUAAGAUGGGUGAACUUCACCACUCUAUUUGGCGAUCAAGUGUCAUUUGAUGAGAAUGGUGAUGCAUUGCCAAUUUAUGAUGUGAUGAACUGGUUGUGGCUCCCUGAUGGAAGCACUAAAGUUCAGAAUGUGGGUGAGGUUAAAAGGUCAGCUUUCAAAGGUGAAGAACUCAUACUUGAUGAAGACAAAAUCUUCUGGAACCUUGAAUCCAAAAAGCCACCUCAAUCAGUAUGCAGCGAGAGCUGUCCUCCUGGUACCCACAUGGUGAGAGAGAAGGGGAAACCCCAGUGCUGUUUUGACUGCAUCCCUUGUUCUGAAGGAAAAAUCACUAAUAAGAGCAUGUUAUUGGGCUAUAUUGGUGUGCUGGCUGUCCUCAGUUUUUUAAUUGCAUUCCUGGUGAGGAAUCUCCCUGAUAGUUUUAAUGAGGCCAAGCUCAUCACAUUCAGCAUGCUGAUCUUCUGUGCUGUGUGGGUGGCCUUUGUUCCUGCUUAUAUCAGCUCACCAGGAAAACUUGCAGAUGCAGUGGAGGACUUCCUCAUCACUACCAUGCACAUUCGCCCACAGCAGCAGCCGCAGCAUGGCGUGCUAGAGGAUUUUCAGCCUGGCCCACCAGAGGAUUCGGGGCACAACCCUCCGGAGGAUUUGUGGCCCAAUUCGCCUCCUCCCCCUUCCUGGAGGAAGUGGCGUUCACACCACCAUCAUGCUGAGAAAACCCCGUUGGAAGCAUUGUCUGUCCCUUCCCGAUUUAAGCUUGCACAGACCAUGGCCUUUGCUAUUGAUGAGAUCAACAGAAACACAAACCUGCUCCCUAAUGUGACUCUGGGAUAUACUGUUUAUGAUAACUGCCUUGAACUUGGAAUUGGAUUCCGUGGAGCAUUGUCAUUAGCCAGUGGUCAAGAGGAUCAAAUUGUAGUAGAUGAUACAUGUGUUGGAAAUCCUCCAGUUGUAGGGAUUGUGGGUGAUUCAUCUUCUACAAAUUCAAUUGCAAUCUCCAGCGUCUUAGGUUUGUACAGAGUACCUAUGGUGAGUUAUUUUGCCACAUGUUCCUGCCUGAGUGACCGUCAAAAGUAUCCAUCCUUCUUUAGAACAAUCCCAAGUGAUGCUUUCCAGGUAGUAAGGCAAAAUGUGACUGGCCUACAAUGGAUAGCCAGUGAAGCCUGGGCAGAAUCUGCUGUGCUCCAAACACCUCACUUUAUGCCAUACCUGGGUGGUACACUGGGAAUCACCAUUCGUCGAGGAGAAAUACCAGGGCUCAGGGAAUUCCUGUUACAAAUACGUCCUGAUCAACAUCACAACAGUAACUACGGAAAUAGCAUGGUGAAUCAGUUUUGGGAAUUUACAUUUCAGUGCAGAUUUGCACCAGCUCCAGCAGGCUGGGUGGAAGGUGGGGGUGCAAUAUGCACUGGACAGGAAGAUCUAGGAAAUGUUGACACUGAGUACUUGGACAUUUCCAACUUGAGGCCUGAGUAUAAUGUGUACAAAGCCGUUUAUGCUCUUGCACAUUCCCUUGAUGAUAUGCUGCGGUGCAAGCCAAGAAGAGGGCCUUUUAGUGGGGACAGCUGUGCCACUUUACAGUCACUGGAGCCUUGGCAGCUUGUUUAUUACAUGGAAAGAGUGAACUUCACCACUCCAUCUGGGGAUCAAGUGUCAUUUGAUGAGAAUGGUGAUGUUGUACCAAUUUAUGAUGUUAUUAACUGGUUGUGGCUCCCUGAUGGAAGCACUACAGUUCAAAAUGUGGGUGAGGUCAAAAGGACAGCUUUCAAAGGUGAAGAACUCAUACUUAAUGAAGACAAAAUAUUCUGGAACUUUGAAUCCAAAAAGCCACCUCGAUCAGUAUGCAGUGAGAGUUGUCCUCCUGGUACCCACAUGGUGAGAAGGAAGGCGGAGCCCGAAUGCUGUUUUGAUUGCAUCCCUUGUUCUGAGGGAAAGAUCACUAACAAGAGCAGCUCGUUGGAGUGCACCAGUUGUCCAGAGGAUUUUUGGUCAAACCCCCAGCGUGAUCUAUGCAUUCCUAAGAAGACAGAGUUUCUUUCCUAUCAUGACCCUUUGGGUAUUUGUUUAACAGCAACCUCCUUACUGGGAACAUUUAUAUGUGUUGUUGUUCUGGGGAUCUUUAUCUACCAUUGCACAACACCUAUAGUACGUGCCAACAAUUCAGAACUUAGUUUCCAGCUAUUGUUGUCACUCAUGUUGUGUUUUCUGUGUUCACUUUUGUUCAUUGGACGGCCCAGGAUGUGGACAUGCCAACUCAGGCAUGCAGCAUUUGGGAUCAGCUUUGUGCUUUGUGUCUCAUGCAUCCUGGUAAAAACCAUGGUUGUUCUGGCUGUGUUCAAAGCCUCCAAGCCAGGAGGGGGAGCCAGUCUGAAGUGGUUUGGUGCUAUGCAGCAGAGAGGAACAGUUCUGUUUCUUACAUCUAUUCAGGCAGCCAUCUGCACUACCUGGCUUGUCUCUUCCUCUCCAACUCCACAUAAAAACACCCAAUACCACAAUGACAAGAUUGUUUAUGAGUGUGCAGUUGGGUCCACUGUUGGUUUUGCAGUGUUAUUGGGCUAUAUUGGUGUGCUGGCUUUCCUCAGUUUUUUAAUUGCAUUCCUGGUGAGGAAUCUCCCUGAUAGUUUUAAUGAGGCGAAGCUCAUCACAUUCAGCAUGCUGAUCUUCUGUGCUGUGUGGGUGGCCUUUGUUCCUGCUUAUAUCAGCUCACCAGGAAAACUUGCAGAUGCAGUGGAGGUAUUUGCCAUCCUUGCUUCAAGUUUUGGACUCUUGAUCACACUGUUUGGACCCAAAUGUUACAUAAUCCUGUUGAGACCAGAGAUGAACACAAAGAAAGCUGUUAUGGGCCGUGGGAUUGUGUCAUAA